AUGGCGGAAACACGAGUUGAGAUCUCAGAUCCAGAAUCCGAGUUCUUCGCUUCAAAUCAAGAGACAGGAAAAGAGUGGGAGCUUUACAAGGAGAACGAAAGACCUCUCAAGGGAGGACGCAAUGUUAAUCUCCUCAAGCAAGCUCUCAAAUCUCACACAGAUCACCACUUAAGAAAAAGUCUCAUCGAGAAACGAAGGAAGUUGAUUGAAGAUGAAGAGUACAAUGGCAACGACCCUCUCUUUCCAUGGAUCCAGUGUAUAGAAUGGGUACAAGAGGUGGAGCAUUGUGCUGAUGCGGAAGAGCCUAAGGAGAAUAAUAUGCCGUCAAGAAGCUUUGGCACUGUGUUGUCUAGGGGAGAUAAUAAUAGUGAAUAUGCAGGAAGGCAAGCUUUAGGAACACAAGUCAAAAAAACACUGAGAUCAUCAGAUAGGUAUUGGUGUCAUAUGUGUUCACAAAUUGUGGAUCCAAUCAUUAACGCUGAGAUCAAAUCCCCCCUUUGCCAAAACGGGUUUGUAGAGGAAAUGAGCGGUGAGAAUAAUGUUGGCAACAGAAACAGCAACAGCCUAACGGAGAUUCAAGACUCAGAGAUUGAUUUCAGUACAGACUGUGCAUUAACUCUAUGGGGUCCAAUCUUGCUUGGGAUGACAAGCAAUCAUCGUAGACGUAGAAGGGAGUUUGAUUCCAUCAUCAGGAGGAGACGGAGAAGCUCAGCUGCGAUAUUGCAGUUGCUUCAAGGCAUUCGUGAAGGGCUUACCACCGAGGAUGAGAGCUCGGAAAACAGGAGCCAGUUUAACAGAGCAGCUUAUAAUCUAAUCCGGCCACUACUUGUCCUUCUCGAGCUGGAGAUAACUUAG